AUGGCUACCCCCAGUGUUCAUACCUUUGAUACUGAGGGUCGUGCUGUUGACUUUGAGGUUUGGGUAGAUGACCUCCAGCUGUUCCUCCAGUGCGAUAGGGCAGAUGGCCUCUCCCUGUUCGACCUCACCUCUGGUGCCUCCCCUGCCCCGCCUGCUAGUGCUGACAGCACUGUUCGCUCACAAGUUGCACGCUACUCUUCCCCUGCCACUGCUGCACUGAGCCGCCUCAUGCUACCGUACCUCUUCCCUGACCUUGCUGCCUUUCCCACAGUCGCUGACCUCAUUACGCACCUCCGCACUAGUGACACUCGCUACCGCGCUGCGCUUCCUGCUAAGUUCUGCGCCAAGAACCCCCCCCCCAUGUACAUCACCCUCUACUACAUAGUCACCCGGCUCCCUGACUCUCUUCGCUUAGUCAGGGACCACUUCCUCUCAGUUUUCCCCACCACACUCACCGUUGACCUCCUCGAGGAGCGCCUCCUAGCAGCAGAGAAGAGCAUAGUCGCUGGAGGAGCCUCUUGUGGUGACCUUCGCACCCCUGUCUUUGAGGGGUGUUCCCCCUCCGCCCUCUUGCCCUCUGUUGCUUCUUCUGCUGCUGCCGACCUCGUUGGUUUCUACGCGGUCGGCGCUGCGUCUGCCCCUAGCGGGAGACACCGCACCGACAAUGGCAAGGGGGGCAAGGGAGCUAGAGGGGCUGGCGGGGGUGGUGGAGGUGGUGGUGGAGGCAGUGGAGGGGGUGGGGGUGGUGGUGGGAGUGGUGGCGGGGGUGGCGGCGGCGGUGGCAGCAGUGGCGGAGGAGGAGGCGGCGGUGGUGGCGAAGGCGGCGGAGGCGGCGUCGGCGGCGUCGGUCAAGCUGGUCGCGACUCUGCGCAGAGGAGUGGGUCCGGUGGUGGUCCGCGCCACCAGCAGCAGCGCAGUCGUGAGACCCUGUCCCCUCAGCAGCUUCAUGAGUGGUACGCUGCGCGUCAGCGCGGUGGGGGUACUGGUCCCUGCACUUAA